AUGGCUGGAUCCGAUCAAAGUCGCCACCCUCUUGCCCUUGCUUGCCAACUCAUUCGCUGCCGUUCCCGCGCUGCAAAAAACGAGUGCCCAACGCAAAAAACAGACAUAGUUGAGAGGAGGAGAGAAGAAUGGCCAUUUCCCGAUGCCCCAAACGCGAUCCGCAAUCUCUGCCGUUUUGACGCACUCUCACACUGCACAAGCGACCUGGGUCGUCGAGACCCUCGCCCACAACCGAACACCCGCCCGUCGCCGAAAACCUGUCUAAACAGUCGAGAAGAGCCAGAUGAAUGGGCUUUGGCUAGCGCGCAAUGCCAUGAUUAA